AUGGUUCACCCGGAUCAGAGCUUGGAGAGGAUCGGCACAACCAUUGCGGGGCUUUUGAAGUCUCUGGCUGAUCAGCUUAAAACUUUGAAUCAGCCUGAGCCCUCCUUCGCCGCGGACGCUCCCACAUCGUUUCCCCAGGAUCCUGAGCUUCAACGUAUCCGACUGGAACUCUUGGAUUCUUUGGCAAGUAUACAGCACCUUGUCACCGGUGCGAGCGACUUUUGGCUCAAUGGGAGUGUGUUUCCAAACCACGAGCUUCUUACUUUUGAUGUGCUCAACAGUUUCAAAUUCUGGGACGCUGUUCCUCUCAAUGGUUCAGCCAGCUAUGCCCAGAUUGCCGAGUCGACCAACCUGCCUGAGUCGAUCGUCAGGCGCUUUUUAAGAUACGCUUUUACCUCAUUUGUCUUCACCGAGGCACCUCUAGGCUCUGGAAAUGUUGUGCAUACACCGGCGUCAGCAUAUAUCGCGCGUUCCCCCUUCAUGCAAGCCUUUCUCGCGCAUAACUUGGAGGAUAUUAGGCCUGCUACCACAGUCGGCGUGGAUGCCUUGAAGAAAUGGUUUGUUGGCAGUGUAGAGCCUCCCGAGGAGCUCACAACCUGUGCCAUGUCAUUGGCAACAGAUGGCGGUGUUCAGCGUGAUACAGAUCUUUGGACGUUCUUUAAUAACUUUGAGCGAGACGAUCAGCCGAAAGGGUUCCGGGCCAAGCGGUUCGCUGAGGCAAUGCAGGGAAUUGCACAGAAUAUGGGAAAUCUAGCAGAAGCAGUGUUGAAGCUUUUUGACUGGGAAAGCUUAAAUGAUGCUACUGUUGUUGAUCUGGGAGGUUCCGCUGGACAUAUCAGUGUCAUUCUUGCCGAUAACUACCCCAAGCUUAACCUUGUGGUUCAAGACCUCCCAGUUGUCGAGUCCGCCUUCAACGCGAAUAUUGGAUCCUCCAAGCAUGCAUCACGUAUUCAGUUCCAGAAGCAUGACUUUUUCAAUGCCCAGGACUUCCCAGCAGAUGUCUUCUUGGUAAAGUCCGUCUUCCAUGACUGGUCUGACAAGUAUGUCCUGCAGAUUGUCCGGAAUCUGGUUGGGGUUUUCAAACCAGGAAACCAUCUACUCAUUUUUGACUUCAUCGUACCCGAAGAGUAUGACGAAGAAACCAAAUCCAUGGUACCAUUACCGGCAAGGAAAAUUGUCUCGGCUUUGGACUUGCAGAUGUUUGUCGCAUGUAACUCUAAGGAGAGAAAAUUGAAGGAUUGGAAGGAUGUUGUCAAGCAGGCUGAUGGCCGAUUUGAAUUCCAGGCGGUUCAUAUCCUUCCUGGAGUUCCAUUUGGACUUGUGGAUUUUGUUUUUAGGGAAUAG